CCCCGAAGCUGAUGUCACGCACCCGCUGAAGGCGCGGGUGAUCAUGGCUGCUGCGGCCGUGGCCGUGCCGCCGGCCUCCAGCUAAUGCCUGUGAUGGAGCCGGGGAGCCUGCUGCGGUUCCUGCGGAAGCUCAAGGAGGUUUUCGACGUGUGCGACGAAGAUGCGGACGGCUUCAUCCGGGUGGAGCACUUUGUCGCCCUGGGGCUGCAGUUCGGCCAAGGGGAGGAGGUGGAAAAACUGGCAAAGUAUUUGGACCCAAAUGAUUUGGGAAGAAUCAAUUUUAAGGACUUCUGUCACGGAGUUUUUGCUAUCAAAGGCUGUGAAGAGUUACUGAAAGAUGUCCUGGCUUCUGAAAACCCUGGGCCUCCACACUAUGAGUCACAAUAUGUUGAUUACUAUUACCAGGGUGGUGAAAUCCAGGACUGUGCCUACUUGGACAGUGAAAGCACCUACAGUGAGUCAGAGCUCUUUCCUGAUGACUACACCAUGACUCUGGCCCAGCAGGAGGUUCACCAUGAGUCUGACAUGGACAGUGCCAUCGAGAGUGCCCAGAGCUCAGAGGCCUCUGAUGUGUGCCGGGGGGAGGAGAAGGAUGGUGUGCUCUGUGGCCUCUUCCUGCCUGGUGACAAGUCAGGUCCUCACAACCCUUCUGCCGCAUCUGACCUCUCAACUUACUCUACUGCCUCUCUGAUCAGUAAUGAAGAACAGUUUGAAGACUAUGGGGAAGGAGAUGAUGUGGAUUUUACUCCCAGUAGCCCAUGCCCUGAUGAUGAGACCAGAACCAACGCCUACUCUGACCUUGGCUCAUCUGUAUCUUCCAGUGCUGGCCAAACACCUCGAAAAAUGAGGCAUGUUUAUAACAGCGAGUUGCUGGAUGUUUACUGCUCGCAGUGCUGCAAAAAGAUAAAUCUACUCAACGAUUUGGAAGCAAGGCUGAAAAACUUGAAAGCAAACAGCCCUAACAGGAAAAUAUCAAGCACAGCAUUUGGAAGACAACUCUUCCACAACAGUAACUUCAGCAGCAGUAAUGGCAGCACAGAAGACCUGUUCAGAGACAGUAUAGACUCCUGUGAUAAUGACAUAACUGAAAAGGUAACUUACCUAGAAAAAAAGGUGACAGAACUGGAGAAUGAUAGCCUGACAAAUGGUGACCUGAAGAGCAAACUGAAACAAGAAAACACACAGCUAGUUCACAGAGUCCAUGAACUGGAAGAACUAUUGAAAGACCAAGAGACAUCAGCAGAACAGACUCUGGAAGAAGAGAUAAAAAGACAUAGAGAAGCAUAUAGCAAGUAUGAAAAAGAGAAAGGCACUGAAAUUGAACUGCUAAAUACAAGGGUUCAGCAACUGGAAGAAGAAAAUGGAGAUCUCAAAAGCACUGUCACACGACUGAAAUCACAAACAGAGAGAUUAGAUGAGGAAAGGCAACGCAUGUCAGACAGGUUGGAGGACACCAGCCUGCGACUGAAGGAUGAGAUGGAUUUGUACAAGAGAAUGAUGGACAAGCUACGGCAGAACAGGCUGGAGUUUAACAAGGAGAGGGAAGCCACACAAGAGCUCAUUGAAGACCUACGGAAAGAACUGGAGCACUUGCAGCUGUACAAGCUGGAGUGUGAGCGUCCUGGGCGUGGGAGAAGUUCUUCAUCCAGCCUGAGUGAAUUCAAUGCCAAAACCAGAGAGGUGGAAAUGGAGCAUGAAAUAAAACGACUGAAGCAGGAGAAUCAGAAACUGCGGGACCAAAAUGAUGAUCUUAAUGGACAGAUCCUAAGUCUUAGUCUUUAUGAAGCUAAAAAUCUCUUUGCAACGCAAACAAAAGCCCAGUCACUGGCUGCUGAAAUUGAUUCUGCAUCAAGAGAUGAGCUCAUGGAAGCCCUUAAAGAACAGGAGGAGAUCAAUUUCAGAUUACGACAGUAUAUGGACAAGAUAAUUUUGGCAAUCCUAGACCACAACCCAUCUAUCUUGGAAAUAAAGAACUGAAGAUAAUAUAAGAAGGAAAAGCAGCAACUGCCUGAUAUUUCUGCACAUGUCACUGGAUCUGAACAACACUCUGAUACUGUAAAUGAAUCUAUAAAUAUAUAUAUACACUAGGUGUGAGUGUGGGUGCCUGGGUGUGUUUCUAUGAUGUUUGGUACACUGUUGUCAUUGAAUUGGCUUGGUUAGACUUUUCCAUGCACUUUCAAUACCUGUGAUAAGAUGGACACUGUAUAUUAAUGUAAUAACAAUAUAACUAGAUCGUGCUGUUUUAGAUACUGGACAAAAUGACUCUACCUCUAGUUGUAAAGGUGAAAAAGGCAAUGGAAACACAUGGAUGUGACCCUAACUUUAGGAGCAAGAAUUCUUUUGUUCUUCCAGGAAUUUGGGUACCACAAAUGAAUUACCUUACCCAGGUUCAGUUCCUGACUGGUGCUGACUGUGUAAUUUCCUAUUUGAUUUUAGUUUUGGUACUUAAACUUCACAUGGUAUAAAACAAACUUUCAGGCAAAGGAAAGACACGAAGUAAAAGGGAAGAAAAGGAAUAUAUUGCAGAAUUGUUGCUAUUUGUGAAAAAAACACCAUCCACUUGUUUGCCACUGUCAGCACAAAGUGCUUUUUGUGUAAGAUCACUUUGGAGCCUGCUUCAGGAUGCUCUGGAUGCUCUGAGCCAGCCUGCUCUUCAGCUUGUUUGCGCACGUGUAUUGUUUUAUGUCAGGUUCCCUGUAGCAUUGAAACUAAAAAGCUCUUCCAAAUCUGUUCCCUGGUUUUCAGGGGUUUAUCGUGGGACAUUAAGAUGAAUUCUGGGAUCCUGCCCCCUUCCCCUCACUCCUGAUUUUAAAGAUUUUACUUUCAGGAAUGCAUUCCAGUUCUUCCAAAAUAAAGGAACGGAACAAAACCAACCAAACAAAAUUGUGUGAGAUAUCCCACUUGGUGGGGAGGAGGAGUAGCCCUUGAAGCUGUUCACUGAGUUGCUUUCCCACCCCAGACACUGCUGUCCUUUGAGAUUUAAAUUUUGUGGCCAGGCUGUGGAGAGGAUUAGUUGGGUCCUAACACAGAGGUGGAGGAAAGUGUGGUGUGGAGUGACUUUUAGCUAUUGGGCAGUAAAAAGGAAAAGAGCUUUGUCUUGCAAAAGUUGCCAAUCCAGACCAAGUACACACAUGCUUCUCUGAAGCUCUCAACAGGGAACACAUCCUGAUCUAGAUGAGCAGUUUUGUGGGUGCUUAACUUUAAAUGUGUACUGUGACUGCUUACAGGAGUCAGUAGGACAGAAGAUAGUAUUUAAAGUUGAGUGUAUGCCUAAAUCCUGCCUUAAAUAGGGAUGGACUUCAACAUGUGCCUGUGUUCUCCUGAGAUGGAUCUGUGUACUGUAGGGCUAGGACCUUUUUAAUGAAUAAUGUUGUUUCUAUAAGUAGCUUAUGGAAUCUUUUGGAUAGCUGAAUGCAAAAAAAAAUAUUCUAUUCCAUGCACUUUUUUUACAGUAAAAGUUACUUUUGAUUCACACCCACUGUCACAGAAAAACCGUGCCCAAAUAUCUGGCUUUCCCCAGUGCAGAGAGAUCUUUAUUGAAUGCACUCCCCAGGAGAAUGUUACAGUAGCAAUGAUUGUGCUUUUCUGUGUAUUUCUUGCUGUUGGCAGUGUCUUGCCCCUAGUAUUCUCUUGAUGUAUCCUGGUGUGUGUAUAUGUGAUGCAUUUUCUUCCUGAAUUUGAAUACAUAAAAUAUGUAUUCAGCUAUGGAUGUAAAUAUAUAUAUAUAUAUUUUUCUGCAAUCUCUUGCCUUCAGUGAUGUGUUACCAGAGUGAUGGGAAGGGGGUAAAGUACUGAAAUCAGGCUUUCUUGAAGGCAAGAAAAUAAAAUCAAUUUGUUUCUAUGUAUCUGCAUUAGGCAGCUGUAAAGUAACUGGGAAGCAAAAGAGACCAGAGCAGUAACUAUGGCACGCUGUACCCCAGUGCACAAAGGUGUCUACAGGACUUCAGUGCUCUUGGAGAAAUAGUUCAGUCUGUUCAAACAGGGAUGUCUCAGGGCUGGUUUCCUGAGGCUCUAAGGUAAUCUGGCAGAAUGGAUUCAAAGACAACUCCUUUGACACCUGGGGAUGGUGUCAAAUGUCCUGUGCUAAAUUGCAGCAGCAAUUUUGUGGUGAAGCUUGUAGAGGAACAAGUGGAACACCAAGGACACCUCACACGUGUGCCCUGCCUACCUGGAGCUGCCUCUGGAGGUGCCACCCAGAAGGUAGGAGAGGAACAGUUAAGCCACCUUGGUGCUACAUACAGCUUCCUGCCUACAGGACUCUGCACCCGCACUUCAGAAGUGGUGUUUCCCUCUGCAUGGUGCUGUCUUCAGGUUGUGCCAAGGACUUUGCUCUUUUUAUAGGUCACAGAGAACUGUUGCAAAUUGCCAGGUGGCUGUUGCUAACCUGCUGUGACAGGCUUGGGUGAGCCAGCAGCCCUGCUACUGGAGCUGUUUGGUAAGUUGCACUUGUGUCCUGCUCCCAUGCAGUGGAUUUAAAAAUGAGUGAAGCUGGUGCAGGUCACAGUGGUGGCUGAAUGUUUUCCCCUAAAUAUUUUUAAGUAAACUGGACUUAGCUUCAGAAUUUCAAUAAUCUAAAAGCCCUUCUUUUUAGGGUAGAACAUCAGCAGAUAUUGAAGAUUAUCUCACUGAAAAGUCUGCUGAGCACUUGGGAAGCAGAUGGCGUGUCUUACUUCACUGAGACCACUGAGCUUGUGGACAUGAACAGAAGAAGACAUGACUCUAGUGGUAGCCAAGUUUUAGUACAGGUAAUUAUAUAGAAGAUGUACUGACAAAUAGUCACUAAAUCUGGCUGAAAUCCUGACAGCAGUAUUCUAGCUAAGGGUAUCCAGCAGCUGAGUUUUCUGAAGACUCUCAGGACUUCCUUUUUAGCUCUGUACUCAACUGCUUUACCCUUUAGAAGUUCUUCUUUGCUCCAGUGUUUGCAUUUGAAGAGUUGUCUUACCACCAUGUUGGUGGUGUUUGUAGCUUUGUUUUAUUGCAUAAAGGAGUUGUAUUCUCCUUUUGGUCCUCCACACAGUACUGAGUUCCUUUAUUAUUCAAGUACAUAUCCAAACACUUGCUCUAUUCAACAAAUAAUGUGAGUUGUAGGUGGGAGAGGCAUUUCACUGACAAAUGCAUUUUCCUCUAAAGUAUCCACCUCUAAAAAUACUGAUUAUCAAUUGCAUUCUUAGACUGAGUAGCUACAGGUAUCAGACCAAUGUCUUGCAAUCCAAAUCUUGGAGAACCUUUCUGAUCCAGAAAGGAAGUCAUCAUGUUUUAUGGCAUGCAGGCCACUUGUUAAUAAUAAGGGAUCAUUUGUUGGGUCACUUUGUCAGGGAGAAGAGUAAUCUGAUACUGACAUUGCAGAGUGCAUAUUUUGAUCAAGUGUGAGGCAGAAACAUUGUCAGAACAGACAGGAGAUGGGGGAGAUAAGGAGUCAGCAACUUUGGUGUCUUUUCUCUGAUAAUUUUGUAUUUACUGUGAGCUUCCUUUGUGCUCAGGCCAGCUGGGGAAGUACAAUCUGUGUCUGUGUUGGUGUUACUGUUGUGGAACAAUAGCUUCACUUCCCUGGGUAAAUAAGUUCAAACAGAAGUGUGGUAUCAUCCCGUUCUACCAACACUCAAAUGCAGUAAACAUUCUUGUGUCAAACACACUGCUCAUUUAACCCUUGAGGAUGCAAACAUAACCCAAGGUACUGUAUCUUGAGCUGCUCCCCAGUAGGGUCUGGAAAGCUAAGUGACAUUCUGGUCAAACCAGUUGCAAACUUUUGCAGGUAUUUUGUACCGUGGAAAAAUGACUUUGUUCUGACAAGAAGGUGUCCUUUGUUAAGCUGAUCACACACCCAAACUACUGCAGGAAAAAUCUCUUUAAAAACUUGGAUUUAAAAGUACCUGAAAUGUCUCUCAGGAUUUUUCUGAUGCUGGCUGCUUCCCUCCAGACACCAGCCUUCAGCUGCUCCCUAAUUCUGGGUUUGGAGUUUGAUGCUGAUUCAAAACUGUGACAUCAAAAGAGUAUUUUUCAGCUUUUUUAAUAACUUCAAUGGAAGACUCAAGCUGGCUGAGAAUUUGUCAUGUUUUGAAGUGCAGCAGUGACAAACUGUAACCAUCCCAUUUAUUUUAUAAGGACAUUUUAAUAUGCAACUUUGUGGCAACUCUCAAAAACAAAAAAAAAAUCCAGAGCACCGACAACCUCCCCUUUAUGGUCUUGGGAGAAAUUCAGGUGUUUCUCAGCCAGUACUGUAGGGUGUUGAACACAGCAUUCAUAGUUCUCAAAGAUAAGUGGCAUCAGCAAAUAUUUUACUGUCAGAAUACAGCAGCACUCUAUGUAUAGCAUCAGUAGAACUGCAUUACUCUCCAGAGAGGGGCUUGGCCUACAGUAUUUAGGCUCCACAAUCUGGUCAGUAAUUGAAGGUUUGGAAGCUGAUACACAAACAUACACUGUGGUCUGCUCUGUCAGUCACUGUUCAGUGAGCUCUGCAUCAUAGUGCUAAUGACAAGUCAUAAAUCUAAGAACUAGAACUUACAAAUAAAUGAAUACUUGUAAUGUCAGUGAAUAUACAGUGGUUUUGCUCUUAAAACAAAUAUUGUAUGGUGUGGUGUGGUCUGAGGGAUUUUUUCCAAGGAAGGAAAGAAGUAGCAGCUGACCAAACACUUGCCAAAUCAGUGGCUUGGCUUGUGUUGACUUGAGUGAAAACUGACUCAAACUUUAACUGAGCAGUUCCUGGAUUGGCUCUGGUGUCAGUAGCAAUGCUCAUAAUCUUGUUAUGUCAUUUGUCACUCCAGGAACGUUGUGAAGAAGGCAUGACAUGUGAUGCAGCACAGCUGAUUUUAAAGGAUAUAGUUCAAUAGUUUCUGGCAUUUUGUUCCUUAGCAGCAUCCUCAGGGUUGUUUUCUCAGUAUUUUUCAAUCCAAAAUAUUUAUCCUAGGAGCAUUUUUCUGUUGAAGCACAUGUCAUGUGUGGGUUUCUUAUUUAAUGGAACUCUACAUGUGCCUUUAGGAUUGAUAAGGAUUGCAGUAAGUGUCUGAAUCCUGUAAUCCUGCAUAAUGCACUAGGAGUUUCUCUGUUGUGCAAGAGUUUGUGGGCUUCUUCCUCUGUGUAUCUUCCGUUGACAUUUACACUCUUGGUCCUGUCCCCAGCCACUGGGCCCACUGUCUGAGUAUCUGUGUGCCUUGGGGCAGCUCCUUUGAGCAGAUGGAAGGGACAAACACAAUAUUCUUGGCUUCAGUAUGCCUUUUGCUGCAGAGAUGAAAAAUUCUAGCCUUCUUUAUACUAAGCCAGUCCUGUCCACACCUUCUGUGUGGCCCUGAAAGCAAACUGUGUCCCAUCUACAUGAUAAAAUGUAGCUUUUUCCUGUGUUGUGCAAGUUUCUGGGGUGAAUAAACCCCCCAGUCCUUCAGGUAAGGCAGCACUGGCACAGCCAGAAGUUUUGACUUGAUUCUGUGUGGCUAUCCACUUGUGUGCUGUACUUGUACACUCUGUUUGCAAGGCACAGCCCUACUACCUUAGCCUAGCAAGCAUCCCCUCUGGAUGAUGAGAGCAGCCCAUGGAGACAAACAUCUGCAUCUGUGUCACACUGCAGAGCCAGCUACAUUACAUUCCUGAAACUUCUGGGUUUUGUGCUUACUGGUUUGAGUCUUUAAGGUUUGUUUAACUGUGCAAAUAGUUCCUAUUCAAGCAUGUAAUUAAGGGAGAGAUUACUUUUUGCUUAGACUUUAAACCUGAUGCAAACAUGUAUUAACAAACAUGCACUUCUUUGGUAUAAUUUGGACACCUACCCCUAGAAAACCUCUUUCUUAUUUACAUAGGUGUUGGUAGUGGUGCAGGUGUGACCUCUGAGCUUCCAGCUUUUACAUCACCCCUAUCAGCAGUGACUUUCACCCUGGCAAGCCCCACAAAACACUUUGUGCCCUAGUGAAGGGCACAGAGGUGAAUGUUCUGGCAGACACACAUUCAACACACAGACAGUAAAGGGGUGCAGGAGGGCUGCCAGAGAGCUGCAGGAGUGACCUUACAGUGCCCAGCAGCAUCAGCCCUGUAUUGUAAUACCUUGCCUGUAGCUAAAUUAUUCUGGCUUU